AUGAAUAAUUAUUCCAGAGAUCCACCAAGCAAAAUUUUGCUUCUUGUUAUUACAUAACUAUCUCCAACCUUUCCACUUUGUAACGAUCUUCUUUUCGAGCAAUUCGCAAAAUAUGGUGAUAUCAAAAAAAUUCUCAUUUUCGAAAGAGGCAAGGCAAACAAAGCUUUUGUUGAAUAUUAUGAUGUGAAACAUGCCAUAGAAGCAAGAAAGGAUAAACUAGGCAAAUAUUUAGCUGAAGGGGAAGGAAAACUUACCAUCCACUUCUCUCGUCUUAAAAAUCUUGAUCUAGAAGUUGUGGACAAAUCUCGAGGAACAGAUUACACUUAAGCAAGCAGCACAAAUUCAGACACAAUGAAGCACUCUAAUACAGAUGAUCCCAACGUACUUAGAUAAUAGAUUGAAUCAUUUACUCGUACUUUCACACAAACUUCUUAAAGAAAUCUCACUCCUGCCAGAAAUGACGAAAUUAACAACUUAUUGAAUUCAGAUUCAGACGAUGACAUAGACAUUUGGAAAUAGCAGAAAUAACAAGGACCACAAAUAUCUUAAGAUGUUUAAAAUAUGAUCACUCAAAAACCAUCCAAAAUUAUUAAAGUGACAUCUAUCGACGAUCGAGUUACUGCUAAAAUGCUAUAUAAUAUUUUUAACAAAUUUGGGAAUGUUGAAGAACUUCUAUACGAAAAGUAAAUGCAAAGAGUCUUUGUCAGAUACCAAACUAUCGAGUUUGCUCAAAUCGCCAAAGAAUAUUUAAAUAAUAUUUAAUUUUUCGAUCAAUAAUGGCGAAUUUCUUAUCACCCUUUAUAACAGUUACAACCAACCACCAUUUCAGAUGAAUAUAUGAUAUACUACAACCCCAAUGGACCAAAACUGAUUGUUCCUUUAUCAAAAACCAUCAUUCUUAGCGGCGUAAUUGAAGCUAUGGAAAUAUCAGAGAUGAUGAGACUCGUUGCCAAAGUCCUUGAAAUUAAAAUAGUAGCUUCUGAUAGUUUAGAAAUAACUAUGAUGAAUAUUUCAGAAACUUUAAAAAUCAUAGCAGUAUUUUCUGACUAUGAAUACAAAAAUUAAAAAUUGAUUAUUUCUAUAAAAUGAAUCUAUUUUAUAGUAUAUCAAUAUCUAAAUUAUUAAUU